GGUGGCUGGAGCUUUGCGGGUUAAGCUGAGCAAAGCGAAGGGAGGCGACACCUGGCCUCUUUGGAAGACACUGGUCCUGCACUCCUUACCCAGCCCCCAUCCCACUGCCCUGGGGACCUGCCCAGCGAUCUAAGCUUUCAUUCGUGUUCUGAGACAAUUACUGCUUGGAACCAUGGAUCCUGCAGUGUUAGCGGAAGCCAUUGUGGAAGAAGUAAACUGUCCUAUCUGUAUGACCUUCCUCAGGGAGCCUGUGAGCGUUGACUGUGGCCAUACUUUCUGCCAUAGCUGCCUCUCUGGACUCUGGAAGCUCCCAGGAGAAUCCCAGAAUUUGGGCUACACCUGUCCCCUCUGUCGAGCUCCUGUGCAGCCAAGGAAACUACGUCCCAAUUGGCAGCUGGCCGGCGUGGUAGAUAAGGUCCGUCUGCUAGGACUCUGUGUGGAAAUAGGACUAAAGACUGACGUGUGUGAUCUCCACAAGGAACAGCUGACGAUGUUCUGCAGAGAGGAUGAUUUGGUAACCUGCGAGGCCUGUAACCAGUCCCCAGAGCAUAAAGCACACAGCGUUGUACCCAUAAAGGAUGUUGCCUGGGCAUAUAAGUGGCAACUCCAGAAGGCUCUGGAACACCUAAGAAAAGAACAAGAAGAAGCCUGGAAGCUGGAAACCAGGGAGAAGGAGCAAGCCAAGAGCUGGAAGACACAGAUGGAAACCCGAAAGCAGAUCAUCCUGUGGGAGUUUGAAAAAUAUCGGCAGUUAUUAAAGGAAAAGGGGCUGCCUUGCCAUCAGAUGGAAGAAGAGGCGGCUGCAGCUCAGGCUAGCCUGGAGCAGGAGAAGGGAGAAACGGCAAGCAAACUGGAGUUCAGGCACGAGAAGAUCACCCAGCAGAGCCAGGGCCUGUGGAGGAUGAUCGUGGAGCUGGAGGAAAGAUCCCAGAGACCUGUGCGCUGGAUGUUACAGGGUAUCCAGGAAGCCUUAAACAGGAGCAGAUCCUGGAGCCUGCAACAGCCAGAGCCAAUCUCCUUGGAGCUGAAGACAGAUUGCCGUGCUCUGGGACUAAGAGAGAUCCUGAAGACAUACGCAGUUGAUGUGCGCCUGGAUCCAGACACAGCUUACUCCCGUCUUGUGGUGUCCGAGGACAGAAAAAGCGUGCACUAUGGGGCUGCCCACCAGAACCUGCCUGACAAUCCUGAGAGAUUUUACCGCUAUAACAUUGUCUUGGGCAGCCAAUGCAUCUCCUCGGGCCGCCACUACUGGGAGGUAGAGGUUGGAGACAGGUCUGAAUGGGGCCUAGGAGUGUGUAUGGAAAGUGUAGACCGGAAGGAGGUGGUCUAUUUAUCCCCUCAGUAUGGCUUCUGGGUGAUCCGGCUGAGGAAGGGAACAGAGUACCGGGCAGGAACAGAUGAGUACCCCCUCCUGCCGUUAUCAGUCCCUCCGCUCCGCGUGGGAAUCUUCCUAGAUUAUGAAGCCCAUGAUAUCUCCUUCUACAACGUGACUGAUGGUGGCUCCCACAUUUUCACUUUCCCCCAUCAUCCCUUCCCAGGCCGCCUCCUGCCCUAUUUCAGUCCUUGCUACAGUAUCGGCACUAAUAACACCACUCCCCUCACCAUUUGUACCCUGGGUGGGGAAGGCUAGGAGAGCUACCGUCCUGACCUAAUGUUGGAAUUUGGCCUGAUACAC